GGCCACGCCCCCGGCAGCACUCGCGGCGCCCCUGGGGACUCGCGGGCACCGUGCGACCCAGUGGCCCCGGGUGGCGCCAUGGACACCUUCAUCCGCCUGACCAACCAGACCCAGGGCCGGGAUCGGCUCUUCAGAGCCACUCAGUACACUUGCAUGUUGCUUAGAUAUUUGUUAGAGCCAAAGCCUGGCCAGGAGAAGGUGGUCGAGAAGCUCCAGAGUCUGGAGGCCAGUGUGAGCACAGGCCGCAAAUGGUUCAGACUCGGCAAUGUGCUGCACGCGCUGCAGGCCACACAGCAGAGCCUCCACGCCACGGAGGUGGUGCCCCGCCUGUGCCUGACCCUCGCCAACCUCAACCGCGUGCUCUACUUCAUCUGUGACACGGUGCUCUGGGCCCGGAGCGUGGGGCUGGUGGCGGGUGUGGACAAGGAGCGCUGGCGUGGCUGGGCGGCCCGUCACUAUUACUAUUCCCUGCUGCUGAGCCUGGCCCGGGACGUGUACGAGCUGGCCCUGCAUAUGGAGCGGCUGGCCCGCCAGCGCGCUCGGCGGGCACAGUCGUCCGCCCGGACGCCUGCGGGCCACAGCGUGGCCGAUGAGGAGGUCGUGUGGCUCCAGUCCUUCCUUCUGCUGCUCUUCCGCUCCCUGAAGGAGCAGCCACCCCUGCUGCUGGAUGCCGUGAAGAAUGCGUGUGAUCUUCUCAACCCACUGCACCAGCUGGGCAUCUACGAGUCCAACCCGGGCCUCAUCGGACUCGGAGGCCUGGUGUCCUCGCUGGCUGGCCUCGCCGCGGUGCUUUACCCUCACCUGAAGCUGAGGAUCCGCUGAGGGUCGCCCUGCCGAGCCACCCUCUGCAGGGAACCCAGAGCGGACACUUUUCAGACCUUUGGAGGUGACCACCGGCUGGCACAUUCGGGGGUCUCCAGUGUGCUGGGCUCUGGGCUGUGCCAGAGGAUCUUGAGGGUGGGGAAGGCAAGUGAGAAGGUGCCAGCGGGGGCCAGGGAGGCUCUGCCAGGCAACGGGAGAGGAAAGAGGCCCCAGACCCUGGGAUCCCAGCGACGUGAUUGAAAUGCUCCUGACAGUAACCCUUGAAGUGGGGGAAGGAGAAAUGUGCCUGGCCACUGGCGGUCCCCAAAUCUCCAAGAAUGACGUGAAGCUGCGAAGCAACUGUCCGGGGGAAUUUGAAGAGCAAGCUGUCAGCAGCUAGGCGAGGGCAAAGUCGUUUGUCCAGAACUUCCACUGAAUGAUGAUGACCAAUAA